AUGAGGGCCACCAAGAACGCCACCAGAGUCGCCACGCCGCCGGCCACCAGGAGCACCAGCGUGGCAAUCUGCCAGUCUGCGGGAAGGGGACACACGCAGAAUCCAGAGCUGGUCACCACCUCCACACAUUCGUCACAACCAUCACAACCUUCAGUCAUCAUGGAGCUAGACUUUGGACAUUUUGACGAGCGAGACCAGGCAUCCCGCGCCCCGAGGGGCGGGCGCUUGAACGGACUCCCCAGCCCGACCCACAGCGCCCACUGCAGCUUUUACCGCACACGCACCCUGCAGGCCCUCACCAAUGAGAAGAAAGCCAAAAAAGUGCGCUUCUACCGCAACGGAGACCGCUACUUCAAGGGCAUCGUGUACGCUGUGGCCGGCGACCGGUUUCGCACCUUUGACGCCCUCCUGGCUGACCUCACCCGCUCGCUCUCCGACCACAUCAACUUGCCACAGGGCGUCCGCUUCAUCUUUACUAUUGAUGGCACACAGAAGAUCGAAUCCAUGGAUGAGCUCGAGGAAGGAGAAAGCUACGUUUGUGCAUCAGAGAACUUGUACAAGAAGGUCGACUACACAAAGAACGUCAACCCCAACUGGUCUGUGAAUGUAAAGGCCUCUGCGAGCCAGAAGAACAUGCAGUCCUUAGCCGCCAAGGCCGCGUGCGAGCCCCGGGAGACCAAGGACUUUGUUCGCCCCAAGCUUGUGACGGUGAUGCGCAGUGGCGUGAAGCCGCGCAAGGCUGUGCGCAUUCUGCUCAACAAGAAAACGGCACACUCCUUCGAGCAGGUCCUCACCGACAUCACAGAGGCCAUCAAACUUGAAAGUGGGAUCGUGAAGAGGAUCUACACGCUCGAUGGCAAGCAGGUGACCUGCCUUCAAGAUUUCUUCGGCGAUGACGAUGUCUUCAUAGCAUGUGGACCCGAGAAAUUCCGCUAUGCCCAGGACGACUUCUCUCUGGAUCAGAACGAGUGCAGGGUGAUGAAGACGCCCAAAGGUCAGCGUGGCUCAGUGAAGAGUCCUGCUCCAAUCAGGCGCAUGAGGUCUCCUGCUGAAUCAACCAACGGGACGGGCUCCAGCAGCCAGCUGUCCACCCCGAUUUCCAAGCAUUCCCCGACCUCCACCCCCACCAGUCCAGCCCUGAACAACAAGCAGAAGGAUCUCUACCUGCCCUUAUCUCUGGAUGACGAUGAUUCUCAGGGCGAAUCAAUGUAA